AUGAUUCCGUCUACAUCUUUGUACAAGGGAGCCGCCGUGUUCGCUUCCGUGACUGGUAUUGGGGCAGCUCUCGUCGCUGUAAAACUCCCAAUCCAGCACAACAAGACUGGUCCUUUCAACUACCACCGCGCCCUUAAGCCGGUCCGUCGUGUGAGCGAGAGCAGGAUAUGGCGUCGUCUGCCAAAGGCGCUAUAAUUACUGGUGGUGGUAUGUCUCAUUUUCUGCUGUCGAUUGGACUAUCUGGCUAACCUUCUUCAGCCAGUGGCAUGGGCCUCGAAGUCGCGACAGCCCUUGCACGUCGAGGAGGCUGGCACGUCCACCUCUUCGACCUGAACGUUGCGGGCGGUCAACAAGCCGCUUCUCGACUUGAGAACGCGACAUUUCACGAAGUAAACGUACAAGAUUACGACUCUGGCGAAUAAGUUCCAACAUGUGUACAACACCGAAGGCAGACUGGAUUUUGUCUUCGCAAAUGCUGGUAUAGUUGAACGAUUCAAUUUCUACGCAAAACAUUCCAACGGCCGACCGCCACCACCACCGGAUCAAAAGGUCAUAGAUACCAAUCUCAAAAGUGUUGUCGAUACUCUCUGGCUUUCUCAGCACUACCUCCGACACAGCACCAUCGGCGACGAUAGGAACAUAAUCGUGACCGCCAGCGUAGGCUCACUCUACCCGGCUUUGGCCAUUCCCUCUUACUGUGCUGCCAAACAUGGUGUUCUGGGUUUGAUGAGGAGUGUCGCUCCUUACUUCUACAGAGAAAGUGGCAUCCGCGUCAACGCCAUUUGCCCAGGUUCUGUCCGAACCAACCUUCUGGACGAGGCCACAUGGGACACAAUAGCCUCGGAUAUAUUCGUUCCAUUGGAGAAGAUAUCGCAGACUGUGCUCAUGUUGAUUGACGGAUAUGAUGUCGGCGGUAAGGCUGUGGGCUCCGGAGCACCUGUUGACAGUGGCGUGACAGGUGGUGAGAAACUUUAUGGCAAGGCAGUGGAGAUCUCGGGCACCGAACACUACUACCGUGAACCACCAAUGUUCUGCGAUGAACGGACGAAACGCAACAUAAAGCAAGGCACAGAUAGAGAAUCAUUAUCUUGA